ACAGCGCCAAGCUGCUGGCGCAGGGGCGCAGCGCCCAGAAGGCGGGCCCGAGCCCGUGCCCUUCGGAGGCGUCCCAGGCCUCGCAGUCCACGUCCGCCAGCGGCAGCUCGUGCGGCUCAGCGCCCUCGGGGCGCACGACGCCCUCGGACGCGGGCGGCCCGGACGCCGCUGGCCGCUGCAUGGCGGGGGCCGCCAGCGCGGACGGCAUGGACGCGUUCUGGGAGCUCGAGCGCGCCCUGCAGGAGGAGAUGGACGCCAGGGCCCUCUGCGACACGGCACCCGAGCGCCGGCAGAGGGGCAUGGUGGCCGCCGUCGGCGACUGCGCGCCGCCAAAGAGAGGCCUGGCGGCUGCCGACUUCGGCCUCGAUGACGAGGGGGGCCUGCUCAGCGGCGAGCUCAGCGGCGAGGACGAGCCCCUGCCCUCCGCCCCGGCCGCGGAGGCCUCCGACGACGGCAGCGACGAGGAGUGCGACGCGCAGGCCCGCCGGCGGCGCGCGCAGAGCGACCUGCUCCUCGCCGCGCCCGCGCGCGCAGGCGUGGCGGGGCGCAGGCGCUCGCACAAGAGGGACCACCGCGCCCGGCGCGAGCAGCAGGCCGAGGAGAGGGCUGCGCUGCAGCUGCGGGCCUCGGCUGCGGCGACGCCGAGGCCGCGGUGCGCGCCGCCGCCGACAUGCGGCUGGCGCGGCGUGGCGGUGGCGCCUGCGCACCACAAGGCCGCACCGAUGCGGCGGAUGGCGCACUCGGGGAGUCCGCAGCGCGCCGCGCCGAGCGCAUCGCCGCUGGCCUCAGCGGCGGCGACGCGGGCAGUGCGGCCCGCAUUGCCGCGGACCUCCUGCUCGUCGAGCGCCUGAGGGACAGGGGCGGCGGUGGGCGGUGAUGACCGAAGAAUGUGGACCGCCCAGAUGGGCGGUGAUGACCGAAUGAUCUAGGUCCUCCACAGGUGGGGUCGAAGGAUCGACUCGAACGUGUAUGUUCGUGUCAUUGUUCGUGCCUCCA